AUGAGGAAGUGCAAUGCCUUGAUUCGCGCCAAUACCCGUCAAUUGGACCGAGAUAUAUCCCAGUUGAAAACACUGGACAGUAAGACACGACAGUUGAUCAUCAACGCUUCACGGCGGGCGGAGCGCAACCCCUCGCAGGCCAAACAGGCCAACGCUGAAACCCGAACGUUUGCACGCGAGCUAGUUCGCAUUCGCAAGCAGUCCUCCCGUUUGAACACAAGCCGCGCACAGCUGCAGAGUGUCCAGAUGCAGGUCAAUGAGGCCUUUUCGGUACGCAAGAUCCAAGGGAGUCUGAAGAAAUCGACAGGGAUCAUGAAGGAUGUGAACACACUGGUCCGGCUACCAGAACUGUCGGCAACCAUGCACCAGCUCUCGAUGGAACUAGUGCGGGCGGGGAUCAUCGAGGAGAUGGUCAGCGACGCGAUCCCAGACAACGAGAUUCUGGAAGACGAGGAAGAAGAGGUCGACGCCGAGGUAGACAAGGUCUUGCAGGAUAUUCUCCGUGGGAAACUAUCCCAGGUGGAGGCUGUCAAGCCAGAGAAGCCGCUCGAAGAAGAACCCAUGGCCGAAGAGGAGUUUGAGGACCAAGAGGCAACACUUAAGCAGAUGCGUGGUCGUCUGGAGGCUCUGAAAAGCUGA